AGAAGCUCGACCGCAACGUUUAAGUUUUUGAAAGAUUAGAAUCAACAACAUGUCCAAGCGCGUUCAGCCAGCAUGGCAAGCUCCAUCGGCUCAUGUGAAGCCAAAAUUACGCUUGUAUAAUAGUUUGACUAGGCAGAAGGAGGAGUUCGUGCCACUAGACGGCAACAACGUUACUUGGUAUAGCUGCGGCCCAACGGUCUACGAUGCAUCGCACAUGGGCCAUGCAAGGUCGUACAUUUCGUUUGACAUUCUUCGUCGAAUUUUGGCCAAUUACUUUGGCUACAACAUCCACUACGUUAUGAAUAUAACUGAUAUUGAUGAUAAAAUAAUUAAGCGUGCCCGCCAGAACCACCUCUUUGAGGAAUAUUCCAGUGCCGCCGAACAGUUUCCGCUAGACCGGUUGCUCAGCGAGCAAAAAGAGGUGUUAGCCCAGUUUCAGGCCACAUGCGCUAAAAACACGGAUCCGGAUAAAAAAGUAAUGCUCGAUAGGACUUUGCAGCGUAUGCAGGACGCCGUUGAUGCCCUGACAAAGGCUGUGAGCAAUGGGGACACAGCACGCAUUGCUGAAACGCGGCGAAACUAUUUGACUGAGGCAAAGGAUCCCAUUGCGGAGUGGCUAGAUUUGAAGAAGGGCGCAGAGGUGAACGAUAACGCCGUUUUUGAAGCGCUGCCUCGGUAUUGGGAAGAUCAAUUUCACAACGAUAUGAGGUCAUUAAACAUCUUGCCGCCAGAUGUGCUUACACGUGUAUCGGAAUAUGUACCACAGAUUAUACAAUUUAUACAGCGAAUUAUUGAAAAUGGACUGGCGUAUGCGGCAAACAACUCGGUCUAUUUCGAUGUGAGUGGUUUCGAUAAACGUGAGAAACACCACUAUGCGAAAUUAGUACCGGAAGCAUAUGGCGACACCAAGUCGCUCCAAGAAGGUGAGGGUGAUUUGUCUGUUGCCGAGGAUCGCCUAUCCGAAAAACGAUCGGCCAACGAUUUCGCUCUUUGGAAGGCGAGCAAGUCGGGCGAGCCGUGGUGGGACAGUCCCUGGGGUCGUGGACGGCCUGGCUGGCACAUUGAAUGUUCGGCAAUGGCUUCAGACGUUUUUGGACCAAAGUUUGAUAUACACACUGGAGGUGUGGACCUUAAGUUUCCGCAUCAUGACAAUGAACUGGCACAAUCCGAGGCUGCAUUUAAUGAAUCCGAAUGGGUGAAGUAUUUCCUACACACUGGACAUCUCACAAUUGCCGGCUGUAAAAUGUCCAAGUCGCUAAAGAACUUCGUCACAAUACAACAAGCUCUGAAAAAGCACAAUGCGACACAAUUGCGUCUAGCGUUUUUGCUGCAUUCUUGGAAGGACACGCUGGAUUACUCCGACAACACCAUGGAAAUGGCCACACAGUACGAGAAAUUUCUUAACGAGUUUUUCUUGAACGUCAAGGACUUAACACGCCACGUUUUGUCCGACCAGCUUAGGCUCCAAUUCGAUGCGUGGACUGAGGUGGAAGCUGCAUUACAAAAGAAAUUUAGUGACGCUCAGGUGCAAGUCCAUAUAGCUUUAUGUGAUAACGUCGAUACGCGCAGUGCUUUAGAUGCCGUGCGCGAACUUGUAUCGUCUUCUAAUAUUUAUAUUCGUGACAAUAAGACGCAAUUAAACAGCCUAUUGCUGCGAAACAUUGCAAUAUACAUUACAGAUUUGUUGCAUAUAUUUGGGGCGAUCGCUGGACCCCGUGGUGGCAUUGGAUUCCCUGUCACGGUCUCAUCUGGUAGCAGUGCUACUGGUGCUGGAGUCGUAGACGCAGAGACAACUGUAAUGCCGUAUCUGGAAUCCUUGGCCGAGUUCCGCAACCGUGUUCGCGAACAGGCCAAGACUAUUAAAGCAUUCGAGAUAUUAAAAUUAUGCGAUGAACUGCGCGAUAUCGUGCUGCCUAAUCUGGGUGUUCGGCUUGAAGACAAGGAUGGAGGCAAGUUUGCCGUCAAGUUAGUCGAUCGGGAAUCGCUUUUGCGAGAGCGCGAAGCCAAACAGGCCGCUGAGGCGGAGCGUGCCGCCGAAAAAGAGCGCAAGAAGCAGGCUGCGGCCGAAGCUGCAGCAGCCAAGGAAGCGCAGCGUCGCAUCGAUCCACAGCGGAUGUUUUUAAACGAAAAGGAAAAAUACUCGGCAUUUGAUGAAAAUGGUCUACCAACUCAUGACAUAGAUGGCAAAGAGAUUAGCAAAGGACAGCUUAAGAAACUGCAAAAGCUACAACAACAGCAAGAACAACGUUAUAAAGAGUAUUUGGCAUCCAUUAACGGAUCCUAAAACAAAGCAUUUGUACUUCCAAUGAAUAAGUUUAAGUAUUUCCUACUCUGCCAAUAUCUGUCCUCAAUACAAAAUGUGAGUUCCACUCAAUAUUGAAAUUAAAAAUUCCAUACAAAUUUGUACAAGCCUAAUUAUUUAAUCCGUUACAGUUUAUAACGCAUUAUUUCGAAAUGAGACUCCCCGCAUAAUCAUUUUCAUAAAUA